AGCCCCUGCGGCGCUCAGGCCCCCGCAGUCCGCUUCAAUGAUAGCCGCCAUGUGGCGCCUCGCGCUCCUCGCCGCCAGCUUCGGGCGGCUUGCGGCGGGGUCGCUGCGGCGCCCGUCGCAGGAGGCGCUGCAGGCCGAGCUCUCCCGACUGGAGGCCUCGCACACGGCCUCUGUCGCGGUGGUGAAGCGCGCGGACGACGCAUUUGCGAGCACCGGAAGCUGCUGGCGAGGAUGGCCACCGUCUCCAAGGAGAACGACACCGCACUGCUGGCGGAGCUGCCGUCUCUGGUCAGCGACCUGCAGUCGGCGCACACGUCGCUGUCGCAGGUGGACAAGGACAUCAAGGCGUCCGAGGCCGAGAGCAUGGACCUAUACGACAAGAUGCUCGAAGAGGAGGGCACGGACGCAACGAAGCAGCUUGUGUCAAAUCUGAAGCAUGCAGACAAACAGAACUUCAAGAACCACCAUCGGCUUGCGGAGAGCUUCAACUUCAAAUUCAAGAAGGCCAUCCACCUCAUCGCCAAAGGCCAGCAGACUUGGGGCUUCCUAAGCGCCCGAGCGUAGCAAAAGCCAGGCAGAGGAGGUCCGUGCCAGCCUCCAGAAGCUCGUGCAGUUCGUCUCGUGAGCCUUGCUCUCAAGAAGAUCUGUAUAUGUAUUUCUCCAUACACAUAUGUAUCCGCUGAUGGCGCAACUCCUACUGCAACCCGGAGGAGAAUGUUGCAUUCUCGGCCGCCGGGGGGCGCAACCUCUGGCGCAACUACUCGGAAGCGGCUGCGUUCUCGGCCGCCGCGGGCGCCCCCCCCCCCCUUCGCCACGCCGCGUCGGGCGGCGCGACGCGGCCGGGCAUGGCGCGCGGGCGGGAGGAGGGCGCACCCGAACGCCAUGUGUUGGAGGCGGCAGAGGAGCGCCCAGGGGGGGGCGAUGGAGCCUCGAACGCUACGCGUGCACGCGUUGAGGUGA